CUGCACUCGGAUCCUUCCUUUGUGAAAGAUUAGGGUUUGGGGCGUUCGAGCGAUAGAGCGGCGCGACGAGAGGGAUGGGGCACUCGAACGUCUGGAACUCGCAUCCGAAGAACUACGGACCGGGAUCCCGAGUUUGCCGAGUUUGUGGGAACCCGCAUGGACUGAUUAGGAAGUAUGGACUUAUGUGUUGCAGACAGUGCUUCCGCAGCAAUGCCAAGGAAAUUGGCUUCAUCAAGUACCGCUAAAGAUGCCUCUCUAUGAGGUGAAGCCUGUAAAAUGCAGCACGUAUGAUGUUUGGAGUUUUUAUUACUGAACUCAACUUAUCUGAUCCACUGGGUUUUUGUUUAAGACUUGUUAUUUAAUUGGAACGAUGUAGUGAGUUGAUUUCAUUUCUAUGGAACUAAUAUGGUCGUCAAUGCUAU